CAACUAUGUGUGUAUUCUGCAGCUUCCCCUCAUUGAUCCUAUUGGUCCUAUUUGGUCCUAUUUGGUCCUAUUGGUGGUCUCUUAUUGGUAGUCGGAUGCAAGUGUUCCCUAGCUCUCCAUGCUUCCAUGCUUCUCCCCUGUACCCCCCUUGCUCGAUUUAUUCUACGUAUGCAUGUUUGUGUCUCGGUUGCGUAAGGAUCUGAGAGCAAAUGGAUGUGGAAUGGAAGCUUCCUCGUCCUCAAUAGUUUUCCCGGUCCGUCGACGUUUCUGAUUCGUUCGUGCUACUGAACUGUGAGAUGGAUCAAGAAGCUUGUCGACCUCAAACCUCGAUUUUCCUCCGUUUUUAUUCCUUUUCCUCUUCUUUUCAUGUCAGCUUCUAGCAACACUCUGUAAAAGCCUUGUAACACUCAACACCAAAUUCUCAUCGAAACUUUUACAUCGCUAUACUUUCUAGCUCGCGUAUUCCUUUCGCACCGAUCCCCUUAUACCAACUAUCGCACACUGUGCAUCUUCUUCAGCUAGCUCUUCUGACGUCAUCAACAUGGCCGACAGCAUUACCAACGGCAUCGAAAAAGGCGCGAGUAGCGAAGCAACAACAUCUGGGUCGCAACCCAAUAUCCCUCCAGUUGUGAAAAGUCCCAUUAAUGCAGGAGAAGAAUCCAUGGAGCCAUCGAUUGCGGCCAAUACCGCAGCUCCCGGGGCGGCGACUGCGCCUAACUCCGAUACCCUGGCGCAAAACGAUGCUGCUACCACUGAUUCAAAGGAAUUGGCCGAGAAGAUAGACGCUGCUGAUAAAUUGGCUUCGCAGCCGGAGAAGUCAGCCGAAACGGUGCCUUCAGAGUCUACUACUACGGAGAUAGCAACUGAUACACCGUCACUUACCAAUGGUGAAGCUAAAGAGCCUCUUAACCCCGUUACUAUCGAAGAGGUUCGCGAUCAAGAUACGCCGGCCGCAGCUCCAUCCCAGCCUGCUGAGAUGACUGGGGCACUACCCAUCCAAGAACCAGCAAAUGAUACUCCGAAAGCCGAUCCGGCACCAGUUACUGCCGAGCCUGAUAAAUCAGAAGCAAAUACUGGAGAGAAACGCAAGCCAAGUGAAUCUAAAGUAUCUAAUGGUGAUGCUACGCAGGAGGAGUCCCCGGAAGACGCGCCGGCCGAGAAGAAGCAAAAGACCAAUGGAGCUAAUACUAACGGCACGUCCAAGAAAGUUGGUCGACCAAAGAAAGAAUCAAAGAAAGAUAAAAAAGCACCACUCCCCGUUGGUAGAACAGCAAGGAAGACUAGAAGCCAGGGAGCUCCGGAUCAAAUCCUCUAAACUAAAAUGAUGAAUGAAUUUGGUUCGUUCUUACCGCUUCCUAUGCAUCGAUUCGAUUAUCUUAUAAGACUUAUGGGCUGGGAAUAUUGGAGGCGCCGGUGGGAGUUGCUGUCCGCAGGCUUGUGAGGCGUAAUGUUUUACGUUCAUCCUAUUAUGUACAUAUUGAUGCUUGAAUGAUCAAAGAAUAGGGGUCAAUUCGCUUUUUUGCCGUUGUAUACAUGGAAGGAAAACCAGAGGCCUGUGCGAUGGGAAUGUGUGUGGUGCGACGCAAACAAACGUAGCGUUAGCUAGCUGAAGAUAGUAUCCUAGGGUUAUCCAAAGUAGGUAUCCUACAAAAAUGAUCAAUAUAGAAUCGUAAAAUCAA